AUGGGGACUCUUCGACUGGAAAGCUGGGGCAACAGCUCCUGGACCGAGCUCUUCACUCGCAGCGGAGAUCGAGGCAGCCAUUGGUACCUCGCCUUCGUUGCUUUGCCACCGGAGGCCGAAGCCUUGCGCUUUGUGGGCACCACGGGGAAUUCCUGGGCAAGCGAUAUGGCGUUGGAUGCAAUCGCUGCGGGCCUCCCCAGGGUGGAGGUGGACUUCCACCAGCUCUCCUGCAACUUCGGCUCGGACACCUGCCUCUGGUACUCCCCCAAUGCUUCUAGUUCUAGCGAUUCUGGCUGGCAGCGGGUCGCGGGCGAUUCGGAUCAAGAACACCGCUGGUGGCUGCAAGCCUCUGAAAGUGGUGCGGGGCCUUCGGAUUUUGUUUUCGAAAGCUCGCCAUUCAAUAUAGCGGAAGAGAAGGCACUGCUCUUCUCCUACCAACUGGUCGGCUCUGCUGUGCUAUCCGUCGAAAUCGAGGCCGAUGAUUGGCAGGCCGUCUUCGUUCUGGAGCCUGCAAACAACACUCUAACAUGGCAGCAGGCAUCGGUCAUGGUUCCCCAGAACACGGGCGCAAUGCGGCUCCGUGCCCAAGUGACAAACGGGGACCUCGUCAAGGUCGCUUCCGUCGUAGCGGCGACGCCAGUGCCGAACCUUGCGGACAUUAGCUGCGGCUUCGAGGGCUCGAAUUGUGGCUGGUGGAGCAAUGCCGGCAGCUGGCAGUCCCGCAGCGGCCCCGCGCCCAACCAGCUCUACACCGGCCCCAGUGCCGCCUUCCGCGACGAGUUCUACGUCCACGUCGAGGCGUAUGAUGUCAUGGCGCAGGCUCUCGUAGAAACUUUCCGUAUUGUAGGCGACCGGCGGAUAUUGGCGGUCUGGGGGGCCUGUAAAGUAGGAAGAGUCCCAGUGUUGUCCCGCAGCAGCCGCACCCCUGCAGAGGACGCAGUGUCGCUUGUCAGCCCCCGAUUUCCCGAGCUUCCCAGCGACUGCUACUUGGAGUUCGCGUACCACAUGCGCGGGUCUGGCAUGGGAGACUUCGAGUUGCAGUACUUCCGCCGGGGCCGCUGGUGGACUCGGUGGUCGCGACGCGGCUCGCAAGGGCCGGACUGGCUCCAGGCAAAAGUCUCGCUGCCUGCAGGCACGUCGAUGCUGCGCUUCGUGAGCAGCAACUCGCAAGCCGGGGAGGAUUUUUAUGGCACCUUGGCGGUGGAUGCAAUUGCCGCCUGGCAGCCCGAGGCCCAGCCUCAGCCAUUCCUGACCCUUUGUUCCGGUGAGCAGCACGGCUGUGCACUUCUCUUGGCUGAAGGCCAGGUGAAGUGUUGGGGAAGGGCCGAUGCCGAGGGCCAAGUUGCCUACGGGAGCACCGUGGACGUGGGCACCCUCCCCAAGCAGAUGGGCGAGUGGCUUCCGCUGGUUCCCCUUGGCCAGGGCGCACGGGCCCUCCAGCUGGCCUGCGGCCAUGUUCGCAGUUGCGCAUUGCUCGAUGGUGGGCUUCUCAAGUGUUGGGGCGACAAUGACGCUGGAGAGCUGGGCCAAGGCCACACUGAUGACAUCGGCAACGAUCCAAACGAGAUGGGAGACCAGCUGCCACCGGUGGACCUUGGAAGCGGUGUGGUGCAGGUUGGAAUUGGUGGUGACCAGCACACAUGCGUGGUGCUCACCGGCGGGCGUGUGAAAUGUUUCGGGCGCGGAACCUACCUGGGCUUGGGUGAUGGGUCCGGGCCCGAGAGCCAGUAUAUCUCACUGUAUCUCGUUGUUUGUCUGUGCGCCAGGCGGCUGAACCGCGGCGACGCGCCUGGCCAGCUGGGUGAGCUCCUCCCGGCUGUUGACCUCGGCACAGACUUCCAAGCCGUGCAGCUGGCCUCCGGGGCAGAGCACACCUGUGCUUUGUCGGACCGAGGUGUGGUGAAGUGCUGGGGCCGGGCUCGAUAUCUUGGCCUGGGCCUCAGCACGAGUAGCGGUGGUGGCGCUUACAUCGGCACCAGCCCCAACGAGAUGGGCGACCAGCUCCCUGCAGUGGACCUGCCCCUCCCGGCCGUUCAAAUCGCGGCUGGCCACUUGCACACUUGCGCCGUGCUCGCCGACGGCUCGCUGCGGUGCUGGGGCCGCGGCGAGGAGGGCCAACUGGGCCUCGGAAACAAGGAAGAUGUUGGCAAUGCCCCGGGGCAGAUGGGCAGCCUUCCGGCAACGGAUCUCGGCGAUGGGAUGAUGGCCCUUCAGGUCGCAGCAGGAGCUUUUCACACCUGUGCCGUCUUGCAGGAUGCAUCGCUCAAGUGCUGGGGCUGGGGACAGCAGGGCCAGCUCGGCCAGGGAAAGAAGGAUGACUUGGGCGACAAUCCCGGCGAGAUGGGCAACGCCCUGCUGCCCAUCGAUCUGAACAACCACGAGGUGAGGGAGGUGCGCGCCGGCUACAGCCACACAUGCGCGGUUCUGGAUGACGACUCCACCAGGUGCUGGGGUUCCAAUGAUUAUGGCCAGUUGGGCAUCGGCAGCCAAGGCGGCGUAGGUGCCUUGCCGGGUCAGAUGGGUGCAGCUCUGGCACCCACGGAGCUCUUCGUCGUAAAGCCAGGUACCGGAAUGGAAGGCUUAAGCCUGACGGGAGGCAAUGGUGGCAAUGACAUCCCCGGCCAUGGGGUCCUCCUUCUGCAGCACAACGGCUCGGUUGGCCUUGUUUGCGACGAUGCCUUUGAUGACAUCGCUGCGCAGGUUGCCUGCCGAGACCUUGGCAUGGCUGGGGGGGUGGCCUUCUCGGAGGACGUGCAGAGCGGCACCAUGCUGGCAGACAACGUCAAGUGUUUCGGCACGGAGGUGAGCCUACGCGAGUGCAGCUUCCGAGGGUGGCAGCUGCACGACUGCACCCCACGAGAAGCUGCAGGGGUCCGAUGCGAGAUGGACGCGUGGAGCGAAUACACUUCCGCUGGCCCCGCCGGGCGUCAGGAACACUCUUUGGUUUGGGAUGCGGCCUCACAGUCGGCAUUGAUGUUCGGAGGCCACGCUAGCAAUGCCUUCCUCUACUUUGCCGACAUUUGGCGCUACCACUGGCCGCUGCGUACCUGGACAGAGAUCACGGCCCAGAACGUGGGCCCCGGCACCAGAUCCGGACAUGCGGCUAUUUGGGAUGCGACUUCCAAGUCCAUGUUGAUUUUUGCUGGCAAGCACCUGGGAGCUUUCUUCAACGACAUCUGGCGCUUCCAAGCCGAGCAAGGUCUCUGGGAGGAGCUCUCUAUCGCAUCGCCGCCAGCGGCGAGAGCUUACCACUCGGCGAUCUGGGAUGCGGGCGGGCGUAGCGUGUUGGUCUUCGGCGGUGAGAACAGCGUGGUGUUGAACGACCUGCAGCGCUACAGUGUCGAAACAGGGUCCUGGAGUCAGGCAGGUGGGCCGAGUGACCCACGACCCCGCAGCAGGCACACGGCCGUUUGGGAUGCAGCAACCCGUUACAUGCUGGUCUUUGGUGGCUCGGCUAAGUCUGGCCUGCGGGUGUGUUUGAGCAAUGCUGAGAAACGGGUUGCAGUAGCUCUGAUGAACACCCGUACGCUUUCUGCAAAGUCUUACAUGUUAGGUGGUUGGAGCGGCCAGCAGUACUUGGAGGACUUGCACCGCUACGACGCCUGGGCCAACAGCUGGGUCGAGCUCCAGGCCGCCGGGUUCUGGCCCGCCCCUCGCGCCGGGCAUGCAUCUGCAUGGGACCCUGUGUCGAUGAGCAUGCUGAUCUUCGGGGGCAUCCAGGACCGGAACGACAGCUUCGGCUACGACGGCGGCCUCUACAACUACAGCCUCCUCACAAGCUCCUGGACACAAGCGGGCUUGCAAGCCUCUGUUCCCGGCCCGGCCGGCCGCACAGGGCAAGCGGUAGUUUGGGAUGCGGACUCUCACGGGCUGCUCUCCUUUGGUGGCUUCAACUCGUCCUACCUCCGCGAUACCUGGCGCUAUGUGGUCAGCCAGACCCAGCCACCUUUGCUUGUGCAGUGCUACCUGGGCCACGAGUGCCCGCCAUCUUGGUCACCCGGAGCGGAGGUGAAGCGUGCCUGCGCCGAUGAUGAGGCCCUAAAAGGCUCGGAGGCCUUGCGUCCCGACAACGAGUCAGCUUCCAACGCAUCGGCCCUCUUCAUGGAGCCGGGGCACCACCGCCUCUGUGAGUGCCAAUUCGACAACUGCAGCAAUGCCGCCGCCUUUCAAACUGCUGUGGGCUACUUCAGUGCGUUUGGGCCGUACCAGAACCAGUCUGCGGAGUGCGACCUCGGAUCUUCCUGCAAGAUCCCCGCAUGGAGAGGAGUCGGCAUCUCAGCCAACGACAGCAUCAUCGUGCAGAGCCGGUGCAGGACCAUGGCGGCUUCCGUGACCUAUCCUCAACGCCGUGUGGAGAUCUCCUUCAACGAGUCUAUGGGCUAUUUUGAGCUCGACAUGGGUUUCCUGGAGGAGAGCCCACCUCAGAUCCUUGAGCUUUGCUGGUGUCCCGCGGGCAGGCCUUGCGCUUCUGCAGAGGAGUUUCUGGCCUUAGCGCUGCGACUUCAUCUCCUUUGCCCCCCCGGACAAUACGAGCUCUCCUCCAACUGCGAGGUUUGCCCUGCGGAUUCCUAUUGCUCGGGAGGCCAGCAGUUGAGGUCAGCUGGGCCACUGCACGUGCCUUCCUGGGCGGUACUGGGCCGACGGCGCCUGUCGAAGCUGCCCUGCGGGGUCCACCUCGGAGGUCAGCACACGAACACUGGAUUCCAAUUUCGUCCCACAGCCCAGACCCCACAGCCCGCUUUCGUUCACAUUCUCACUGCGGGAGCUACGAACUUGACUUCGUGCACGUGCAUGCCGGGCUUUGUGAACAUUCUGCCCGACGACCCGUCAGCGUGUGAGGUGUGCGGCUUCGGCUACUUUUGCAGUGGCACCACUCACCGGGAGCAAUGCAACAUUUCCCAGACCACCGAGACCGAGACAGCCGGCCAGCUGUCAGACUGCGUCUGCGUGGCGGGCACUUUUCUAGAGGACGGGCUUUGCAUGCCCUGUGAGGUUGGCUACUUCAAGGUCAACAGCGGAAACCUGCCCUGCACCCAGUGCGCGGUCGGCACCUACAGCAACAUGACAGGGGCCAUCCAGCCGUGUGAAUGCAGUGCUGGCUAUGGCUACGACGACAAGAAUGCGGAAGCGGGCCCCACGCCUUGCACGCCUUGUGCCGAGGGAGAGUACAAGGCGACGGUGGGCAACGUGCUGUGUGACAGGUGCUCCUUGGAGAAGACCUCCCAAAUGGCGUCCACAUCGGUCCUCGACUGUUACUGUCGCCCGGGCCUGGCUCCCGACGGAGACGAAGGAGACGGUUGCCGGACCUGCUCGGAGGGCUUCUUCUGCCCUGGUGCCACUGGUGCAGGCGAGAACAACGGCGAGCAACUGGAGCAACCCUGCCCUGUCGGUGCCAGCUCGCCUGCCGGCUCCAGCACCCAGUCAGACUGUACUUGUUUGCCAGGUCGCUACUCGACUGGCUCGUCCUGCGAGCCUUGCCCAGCUGGGCGCUACAAGCCCACCGCCAGCAACGACCCGUCGUGCCCAUUGCAAUGCCCGACCAACUCCAACAGCCCGAUCAAAUCCAUCAGCCUCUCCAACUGCUCCUGCACAGCCGGGUACUACGCAGUGCUCGACACAGCAGGCUUGCUCUCCCGGUGUGCGAGCUGCGAGUCCUUCACCCAACUGAGCUGCCCUGGCGGCUUCCAGGAUCCGAACGCCAGCGUCCCCCUCCACCGCCAGCCCCUCGCCCUUCCAGGCUACUUCCAAACCGGCAUCACCGCAGCCACCAAGUGCAAUGUCCUCUCUCAGGAUGGCCUGGGAAGCGCUUGCCUCGGCGGGCACCUUUGCGUGGAAGUGGCUGUGCUGGGCUGCUUGGGCAAGUACGGCAACGCCUGUGCCGAAGGCUCCACAGGCCUGCUUUGUGGCGAGUGCCCAGUGGGCUGGGCGCGGAGUGCCUUCCAGGAGCCCUGCCAGCCUUGCACUUUAGCCACGCUGCCGAUGAUCGCGUCGGUUUCCAUCGAGGUCGUCACCAAGGCGGCCAUCAGCUUCGUCGUCGCGUCCAUGGCCGCAACUGCAGCAGUCCGCGGCAGCAGCAAGCUACAUGCGAGCAUGAUCCGCAUCGCCACACAGUGGCUGGCUGCCUGCUCCGUCAUCGCCACCUUCGAUCUCAGCCAGAUCCGCUCCGCGUGGGCGGAUCUGGAAAAGGAAGAUGAGGCCAGCAGCAGCACCUUUCCGUGGCCCGCAGAGAUCACGGCUGCCAUGGCAGGCCUGUUUGAGUUGCUCACACUGACGCCCGUCCUGACCUCCGUCGACAUGCACACCCAGUGCAUCGCCCAGGAGCUUUCGCCCGACCCUGCGGCCCCACGCAUCGCCCUCGGCAUUUACCAGCUCUCCCUGCCUCUGCUCGUGAUGCUGGGCUGCAUCUUGCUCUCGUUUGCAGCCGUCCACUUACUGGUCCCUGUCUGUGCCCGGUCAUGGGACAUCUCCUUCAACGAGGCCGGGCGCCGGCGCCAGCGCCGAUCCAAGGCCCUGCGCCGGUUGCAGGGAGGCGUGGAGCGGUCGCUGCAGCGGGCAGAGCUUGCGGAUGAGUUCGCUCCGAUCUGGGAGGAGCUAAAGACCUCAGGGGCGCUGCUGCUGCCCAUCGCACAGCUCGACUGGGCCGUCAAGGACCCCGACGCCUUCCUGCGCGAGGCCACCCGAAAGUCCCGGCCCCUGCUCCUCCGCGCCUGCUGCGCCCGUGCGAGCAGCGCAGCGGGCACAACCGUGGCGCUCGAGCCAGCGGCCCUGGACGCCAUGCUGCCCAGCGACUUCUCCAGCGAAGCCAUGGACUUCUCCUCGAUGCUUGACGACGCCCUGGCCACAGCCGCAGCCACCACUGCGCCGACUGUGCCCCUCGACGCCAUCGCUGUCGGCACGAAUGAGCUCGACCUUUCGGAUCCUCAGGCAGCGUAUACAGCCAGGACCCAGGAGAAGCAGCUGGCUUCCCUCGCGUCCGAGCUCGACAUAGAGCAUGAGAUCGACGAGGUGAUGGACUCCCUGGACUUUGGCCUCUUCUCGCCGGCACCUUCCUUUGGUCAGUUGGUGUACCAGUGCCUGCCCAUCAUCUGGAUCAGCUUGGUGUCACUGUGGCCGGGGCUCUUGUCCAGUUUCCUUCGCAUGAUUUGGUGCGUGCCAAUCCGAGAGGAUGGCAUAGUCGUGAGCCGGCUGAUGCCGAAUCCAGACAUCGUCUGCUGGUCCACGGAGCACUAUCCCUCUGCCUUCCUCGCAGUCUUGGGGCUCGUGAUCUGGUGUUUUGGCAUCCCCGUGACGCUGGCCCUCCGCGUGCUCCGGCUCCAAGACCGGCAAUCUCCCGAGAACUACAGGCGCUACGGCUACUUCUUCCAGGGCCUGGAGCCUGGGUUGUGGUGGUGGGACAUCCUCGUCAAGCGCGCAGACGUGGGCCUGAUGAUGAUCGUGACAUACACCUCGGCCGUGCGAGACCCCGAGGCGAAGUUGAUGCUCUUCCCCGUCCUCUCUGGCCUCCAGGCCUUGCUGGUCAGUUGGGUGAGGCCCAAUUUCAACGAUCAGGCCCAGGUCCUCGACAUCGUGGAGGUGACGCUGGCCACGAUCCGCUUCCUUCUUUUCAGCUCGGUGGCCGCGCUCCUGAUCCUCAAGCCGUCCCAGGAUGCUACGCACGUGGUGGCCUACUUGCUCUUCCUGGUCCUGACAGUAGCCUGCGGCUACUUCCUCGUGCACAUCGCUGCCCAGCUUCUCCGGGAUGCCUCGACCGGCCAUCCCACACAUAUGAGCUCAGCGCCAAGGAGGUUCCUAGGCCGCGCCAAGCAUCUGGCAGUGAAGUGGGCCCUGCCCUUCUUCAAAGAGGACGCCUCUGAGACGCUGCAGCUGGCCUGGUCCUUCAGAGCCGAUGGCAUCACGGCCACGGCACGAGCCAAGAGGAGCGUAAGGAGCAACAGCUUCUUGUCCGCGGGGCAGCAGCGCGGCUUCCGGUUGCUGCAGCAGGCCCGGGGCUUUGUGCUCCGCAUCGGGUCGCAGUUCCAGCAUGCGGUGCUUCUGAAGGCCGAGCAAGAAUUUGCGGCCUGGUGGCUGCAGCAGCUGAAGCAGAAGAAGUUGCCGCGCUUCGAGCAAGUCUGUGCCCUUGCGACUUGCCACACUGCCCUACCGCACCUGCUUGCCAGCAAACGCAUCGCGGGUUUGUGGAUGCAGCAGCUGGACGCCCUCACCGGACAAGAAGGGCCCUUCACGUGCAGUCCGGAGGACUUGCAGCGCACCGUCCGGCGCCUGAGGCAAAUGCCAUCAGAGCAUGCUGUGGAGCUCGUCGAGCACGCCAUGGCCCUUUUCGAAGAACAGAAGCAGCUCCAAGAUUAUGUCGAGUUUUGA